AUGAGUAUGAAUAAUACAGAAGAACCUAUGACGAAUGGAAUAGAAAAUGUUUGGCUACCGAUUCAAGCGUCCAGAAGUGCUCGAAACACAAUAAAUCCUAUCCGACGUAUUGUUGAUCGAAUGAAAAUAAGCCCAAAUCCUGCUAAAGAAAUGAUAUCCCUAUCCAUAGGAGAUCCAACACAUUAUGGAAAUAUGCUUCCACCGGUUGAAGCUUUAGAAGCAAUCCUUCAAUCUGUACAAUUACCUACAUCACAUGGUUAUGCUCCAUCAUUUGAUGCACGAAAAGCAGUAGCUCAGUUUUGGUCUCGAUCGAAUUAUACAUUAAAACCUGAAAAUGUUAUUUUAACUAGUGGUUGUUCUCAUGCAUUAGAAAUGUGUAUUGAUUGUAUGGCUAAUCCAGGAGAUAAUAUUCUUCUUCCACAACCUGGCUUUUCGCUAUAUGUCACAUUAUGUCAAUCGCUUGAUAUUGAAACUCGAUGUUAUAAAUUAUUACCAGAUGAAAAUUGGCAAGCUGAUUUAAGUCAUCUUGAAUCAUUAAUUGAUAAGCGAACACGAGCUGUUUUAGUCAAUAAUCCAAGUAAUCCAUGUGGAGCUGUUUAUACAGAAGAACAUUUACGAAAAAUUAUACAUCUAUGUGAACGACAUCAUUUACCAAUUAUUGCUGAUGAAAUUUAUGCAGAUAUGGUCUUCUCUAAUAAUAAAUUUUAUUUUCUUGGUGAACUGUCAGAAAAUGUACCGAUACUUUCUUGUGGUGGUAUCGCAAAACGAUUUAUAUGUCCAGGAUGGCGUGUUGGUUGGAUUGUUAUCAAUGAUAGACAUAAUCUUUUCAAAGAUACAAUUCAACCUGGUCUGAUAGAUUUAUCUAGCCGUAUUCUUGGUCCAAAUUCAGUUACUCAAGCAGCUCUACCUCAUAUCCUUUCUGAAACUCCAGAUUCUUAUUUUGAUGAUAUUCUUAAUCAACUUCAUAGCAAUGCAGAUUACUUUUAUCAUUCACUUUUAGAUGCACCUGGCCUUGAACCGAUUAUGCCUCAAGGUGCUAUGUAUAUGCUUAUUCGUAUAAAUCCAUCGGAUUUUCAGGAUAUUGAAAAUGAUAAAGACUUUUUUACUAAACUAAUUUGUGAAGAAUCAAUAUCAUGUCUUCCUGCAUCUGUAUUUGGUAUUGAUAAUUUCUUUCGUAUUGUACUUACAACACCAACGGAUAAAACCGAAGAAGCAUGCCAACGAAUAGUCGAAUUUUGUCGACGACACGCAAAAUCAAUUACUUAA